AUGGUGGAUCAAAUCUCUAGAAAGAAAUGUGGUGUUCUCGGUGGAACAGGCUCCGUUGGCCAACGAUUUAUCCUUCUUCUUGAGCAGCACCCUUACUUGAAGCUUCAAGCCAUAGGUGCCUCGUCCCGUUCCGUCGGCAAGAAGUAUCGGGAUGCGGUUCGGUGGAAGCAGGCCUCUCCGCUGUCUCCUGAAGCAGCGGAAAUACUAGUAACCAAGUGUGAGCCCCGUCAGUUCAGCGAUUGCGACAUUAUCUUCAGUGGCCUGGACUCUGAUGUGGCUGGUGAUAUUGAAAUGGAUUUCCUCAAGGCCGAAUUUCCCGUGUUCUCAAAUGCCAAGAACCACCGCAGCAACCCUCUUGUACCUCUAGUUGUUCCAACAGUCAACCUUUCACAUCUGGACCUGAUCCCCCAUCAACAAUCCGCAUUCGACCAGUCCAAGGGCUUCAUCGUCUGCAACUCAAAUUGUGCCGUCAUAGGUCUUGUCGGCCCACUGUCAGUCCUCCAAAAGGCGUUUGGCCCAAUUUCUACCGUCUCAAUUGUCACGAUGCAGGCCAUCUCAGGGGCGGGCUAUCCUGGUGUACCAUCUAUCGAUGUCAUUGACAACAUCAUCCCGUAUAUCGAAGGGGAAGAGGACAAGCUGCAAUCCGAGGCAAGGAAAAUUCUCGGAACCAUGAAUGCUGACAAGACGGGCUUCAUUGAGCGGGACUUGAUCGUCUCGGCAAGCUGCAAUCGAGUUCCAGUGAUAGACGGCCACAUGGCAUGCGUGAGCCUUAGCUUCAGCAAACACCCACCGCCCAGCGUUGCCGAGGUCAAAGAAGCAUUGAGAUCUUCAGUCUCGGAUGCAGAGAAGUUGGGAUGUUGGUCUGCUCCGAAGCCGCCUUUCCAGAUCUUUGAGGAUCAGGACCGGCCACAGCCACGACUGGAUCGCAAUCUACAGGGAGGAUACACUGUUAGCAUCGGAAGAAUCCGUGCCGAUGAUGCUGGCAUAUUUGAUCUUAAAUUUGUGGCUCUUAGCCAUAACACUGUUCUGGGUGCUGCCGGGUCGUCCAUUCUGAAUGCCGAAGCGGCCAUUCUGAAAGGCUUUAUCUAG